AGUUGGGUCGCUUAGCGGGUCGCUUAGUGGGUCGCUUAAACAAUAAGCGACCCGAAAGAGUGACGUUGAGUGAUUUUUGGCAUACGGGAAUUCUAUAAAAACUGCAGCAUGACUAAUAACGAAACGAAAAAGCUCUAUACUAUUUCGAACACAACGAACAUACCGAACAAUCAACAGGUCGUCAUUGAAAGCUAAACUUUCUCCACUUUUUCACAAACUAAUGGGUCUCUCAUCAACACCAUUAAGAGCUGUCCAUACAAACAUGCUUCAUCAUUCUGUACCGCGUGUGGCUGUAGAGUGAUGGCGCAAAUUGCCCUCUGUUCCAGCCGGCUGGCCAAAUUCGCUCAGUCGGCAUUGCAUGAGGUACCGCGGUGGAAAACAGCAUCAGUUGGUCUUGUGUGAGCGCCCGGUAAUGUACAAGAAUGUACUGGAGCCUGUCAACGUUGUUAUUGGUGCUGUAUUACUUAGCGGUGGUGCAUUGGUUCGACUUUCAGUUGGUCCAACCUUGGCCACAAUGUCCUGCAAACGAUAAUCGCCUGUUAUCACUGUUCAAUUUGCUCUGCAACGCAACACAAACGAUGUCGAUCACUACGCGCGAUGCUUGCUACGGGUGCUUCUUUCGUGCAGGAGCUCUGGCGGCUGGCCCCGCACAACUGUCUGCAAUCAGUCAAUGUGCCACUCUGUAUCUGCUGAAUAGUAGCUAUGCCCUUUGUGCAACUAACUUGGCGGCUAUUGUGACGGGCUUUCGUCCUGCGACCAUCACCCCGGAUGGUUCGUUUAACUCCAAUUGCUACACUGGACAUUGCGAGUUCGUUCAGUGCAUUCGUAGAGUCAACGGAAAUAAGCUUAUAAACGAGUGUAUACUGCAAACGCUGGUAAACCGUGACCUAAACGUGGAAGCUCAACGGGUCGGAUUCUACGUGAACACAACGUCCUGCAUUUUAGCACGAGUUCGUUGCGAUACGUACAACCCGAUCACGGGAAAGCUACAACAAGUUGCGGCAGGAGUUCGAGGACGGACCACCACCAACUCACUGCAGGUAUCAUCCACCGGGGAUAUUCGGGUCAUCUCCUUCCCCGCAAGAGUGUCCGUCAGUGAUGCGUUCUGUUCCGCCCGCACUCUACUCGAUCAAUCCAGUUUCGCUAAUUCAGUUUGCUGAAAAGCUGAUCUGGAAUGACAGUAGAAUGAAUGGAGUUUGCUACUGCAGAUAGAGAUAACGAUAAUACAUAUUUUAAUUUUGCAGAAAGCUGUAAAGGAGCCUCGUCGUUUAAUUAAACGUUUUUAAGCGAAUCAUAUUGAAAUGUUCAUGGAAGAGAUUCCAAGUACAUUUAUCAAGGUUUAACGAGUUUUGAAUAGUGGUACGUUAUUUGAAAUAGCAAGCGAUAAUGAUGAAACAAUAGUUGUUAGCCAACGUGGAUCACAGAAGACGAGCAAUUUUUAUGGAGUGAUCUUACAUGAUCGAUGGCCUUCAUGAUGCGUGUCGAGAUGCGAGAUGUAAGCCCUUCAGAAAUAGUACCUCAAAGAUUUUCAAAUGUUUGUCCAUCCUUCUUCGAGGUAAUAAGACCAAACGAACGCAUAACAUCUAAUCCUUUUGUACUAUUUUCCCUAGUGAACUGUAGAACAGAUAAGACUUAAAAUAGACUAUCUAGCAUAGACUGUCAGACAGGUAACCGUUCCCAGCUCCAAACUGAAAAGAAACUGAAAUAUAAUUAUUUCUAGGCAUUGAAUAAACAUUAGAAGGAAGGUGAAACCAAUUUGGUUUUUUAUUUUAUUUUAUGAGUUUAUUCUCCAAAUACCGAAGGAAUACCGUCAGGAGCAGGGGAGUGGGAGAGCUUCAGAUGCCUUCAGGGCC